AUGGAUGUUAUUGAGAAUGAUCUUUUUUAUAGGGAUUCAAAAAGGAAUGCAGUAUUAUUUUUUAUAUUUUCUUUAUUUUGUAAUUUUAUAAAAAUAAUAUUAUUUGUAUUUAAUAUAUGGAUAUUUUGUUUUUCUACAUUAGUAACUAUAUUAUUUAUGUUUUUUGGAUAUUUUGGAGUAAUUUCUGAUAAGCCUUUGAAUAUUCAUGUUUCUAUAUAUAUAGGUACAAUAUAUGUGGAUAUAAUAUUAAAUAUGUUAAUUACAGUUUUCAGUUUUUAUAAAGUAUAUUUGAUAUCAGUGAAUAAAAUUACUUUUUUUGAAAAUAAUAUAGUGAAUCGUUAUUUUUUUUAUUGUUUAACAUCAGUAAAUAUAUUUUUCUGUUUCAUUUCGACAGUAUUAAAUAUUUUUUGUAUAUAUUACACAGAACGAUUUAAGACAUUUUUAAGAUUAUCUUCAAAGGAUGACAAAAAAGAUAAAAUAUCUUUUAAUUUGAAUAACUUGAAAUAUCCGAACGGCAAUAAUAUGAAUGAAUAUACACAUGAAAAGAAAAAGAAAAAAAAGAAAAAAGGAGAUAAUGUAAUGGAAGGAAAUUUUGAAAUGAAUAGUAUAGAAGAACAGAAUAAUUAUAUGAGUAAUAAAACCAAAUAUAACAGUAGGAAUUUUAUAUAUGAUUUUGACCUUAGGAAUCAAGACAAUAAUGAAAAGGUUAAUAAUUUAAAUAAAGCAGAUAAAAAUAUAGUAUGA